AUGAAAUCUCCAAUGAACGAGGAAAUACUGCAAGAUCUGUGGAGAGUUGCCCAAAGGCCGUGGAAGUCUGGUGUUCUUCCAAGCAGCGAGGACUUAGCCCGAGCCCGGGCAUCAAUUCCUUCUACGCUUCCCAAUACAGGAGCAAGCCUCGAGUCUGUACAGAGACACGUUUUGGACGAUAUUGUGCCUGCCUUCAACGGAGGGAGCAUUAGUCCCAAUUAUUAUGGUUUCAUCACAGGAGGAGUAACACCCGCGGCGCUGUUCGCCGACAACGUGGUGUCCGCCUACGAUCAGAAUGUGCAGGUGCAUCUUCCCAAUCAUUCCAUCGUCACGGAUGUUGAAUUUCACGUGUUGGGCCUCCUUGCAGAUCUAUUACGACUGGAUCGAUCUACAUGGCAAAACGGAACUUUUACCACGGGAGCCACGGCGAGCAAUAUCCUAGGCCUAGCUUGUGGUCGGGAAUUUGCUCUCCGAAAAGCAGCCCGGAGGAAGGGAUCUUCAGUGACAAGCGUCGGGGAGAAUGGCUUGUAUGAAGUCUUGCAAGACGCAGGUCUCUCUGGUGUUCAGGUUCUAUCCACGAUGCCUCAUUCCUCCUUGGUGAAAGCCGCCGGUGUUUUGGGAAUUGGUAGAGCCAAUGUUCUCAACGUUUGUUCUGCGGAUAAUGUUCUCCAAUUCGACAUGGAGAAGUUGGAGAAGAACCUCGCUAGAACAGACAAGGCCUCGAUCGUCGCUAUCUCCUGCGGAGAAGUCAACACAGGGCGGUUUGCUACAUCCGGAAUGGAGCAACUGCAAAUUAUCCGCCAACUUUGCGACAAAUACGAAGCAUGGAUCCAUGUUGAUGGUGCCUUCGGGGUCUUUGGUAGAAUCCUGGAUAACAAUCCCGAGUUUGCAACUAUCAAGAAGGGGUCCGAGGGAAUACAUCUGGCGGACUCGAUUACUGGUGAUGGCCAUAAGUUACUCAAUGUUCCCUAUGACUGUGGCUUUUUCUUCUGUCGACACCCUGAGCUGGCCGUCAAUGUCUUUCAAAAUGCGAAUGCAGCCUAUCUGACUGCAGGAGCGUCUGAUGGCCCAUCAAUCCCCUCUCCCCUUAAUAUUGGCAUUGAGAAUUCUCGCCGGUUCAGGGCUCUACCAGUGUAUGCAUCCCUACUGUCCUACGGCAGGGACGGGUAUAUGGAUAUGCUACAACGUCAAAUUCGACUUGCCCGAACCAUUUAUGACUGGAUUUUCGAUUGCGCGGAAUUUAUUGCCUUGCCAGAGGUAAUCUCGAAGACUGAUCUUUUAGAUCAGACCUUUAUGACUGUACUGUUCCGGGCCAAAGACGAUCGGUUGAAUUGUGAUCUUGCGAAAAAGAUCAAUGAGACUUCGCGCAUGUUCGUCUCAGGAACGAGCUGGCAGGGUGCUCCCGCCUGUAGAAUCGCUAUCUCCAACUGGAGGGUGAACGUGGAAAGGGAUGCCGCGUUAGUAAUUGAUGUCCUGACCCAGGUGGCUCGACAAUGGUUACUGUCUACAUGUGAUAUUCCGAUUCGAUAA